AUGUCAGCGCUUUCAUUGUAUUCUGUGCAGGCCGUCCUAUUGCUGGAUAACGAGGGAAAAAGAAUCUACACUAAGUACUAUCAUCCUCCCCAUUUAACUUCCGAACAACAGCUAUCGAUAGAACAAAAUCCAAUUGGAACCUCUACCAAACAACAAAACGACUUUGAAUUGCGAUUAUUCAAGAAAACUCACAAACAAAACGCUGAUAUAUUGAUUUUCGAAGAUCAUUUGAUUCUGUGCAAGGAAUAUGUCGAUACUGUUCUGUAUUUGGUAGGUUCAAUUGACGAGAAUGAGUUGGUGUUACAGCAGGCCUUCUCUGCGAUUAAGGACUCACUAGAGCUGAUUUUGGCUACUGGAAUUGACAAGAAAAACAUUCUUGAGCAUUAUGAUAUGGUUGCAUUGGCUAUCGAUGAAUCAAUUGACGACGGUAUCAUUCUCGAAACAGAUCCUGCUACCAUCGCUUCAAGGGUUACAAAGCCACCAAGUAAGGAUGCUCAAAUUAAUAUCGAGCUAAGCGAGAAAGGCUUGUUGAGUGCGUGGGGUUUCGCAAAAAGUAAAUUAGCUGAAAGGCUACAACAGGGUAUAUAA